AUGCCACGCGACUUUAGAUCGGGCUUGUCUGUGGUAGAACUUGAUGACUUCAAAAACGAUGUGAACCAAAGACCUUCUGGCGAGUCGAAACAAGACGGUAAAUAUUCUCCCGUUGGCGAUGAUGACUAUAGCAUUGCCACGCCAUCAGUACGAGGUCGGCCUACAGCAGGCCGGUACCAAAGCACAGAAUCUCUUAUAAAGGACUCAUCUGGCACCAACAAGCAAUCAUACUGGAAAAGCUUCAAGGGUCCCGAAGCCCCAAAAAGGGUUUGCAAGAAUGGUAUCUGGGCUGUCUUUCGCCAUCUAGCGUUAUUCCAUAUCCCACCCAUCGGUAUCACCCUGGCCCUUCUAGGACUAUAUGUCCACAAAAUACGGUGGGGUGAUUUGACUGAAGAACAAUUGAACUUCUUGCAGUUCGCAGCCAAGGCGCAUGAGAUUUUGAUCUUGGUAUCCUUGACGGAUAUCUUAUUACAAAGGAUAUGCUACAGUCUCAUGUGCCAAGAUCAAGGCGUUCCUUUGGGACUUCUUUCGUCACCAUUUCAACUCGGAUCACCCCUUCAGUAUUUCUUUAGUUGGGAGUUGUGGUCUGGUAUCAUACAACCAGGCGUGAAGCCCAAGAAAGCGCGGCCUUGGAUCACUGGGAUGGUCAUCAUAGUCACAGUCUUGCUCUCCGUCGCAGCCGCUCCACUUUCAGCUAUUGUCAUGAUUCCUCGCGAAGGCUGGUGGCAGGUCCAUCAUACACCCGACGAUGACCAGGCACGCAUGACCUAUUUUAAACCCGACAUUUAUCCAACUGAUCUCGGAGAGAGGCAAACUGAUGUGUAUCUCAUACAACAAGAGGCCGACUCCAUGGCUCAUCGCCCCGACCCGGUUCUUGGACCCAUAUUCUGGGAUAUGCCUACAUUCAACAUGGAGACCAAUCUUCAGCCAUUAUCCAACAUCACAUACACUAACUAUGACAAGUUCUCUGCCUCGAAUCGAGUCAUCACAAUGACGCAGGCUAUUCCUGAUGCUGUGCUCGGCCUUGCUGUUGCCACAACGCCAAUGGACACCCUUUCCUCCAACAUUCUUCAUAGUUGGCACACUCGAGAGGACGAGCCAAAAGAUCUUCUAGUCAAGUCGUACUGGAGGACUCUUGAAUCCCCUUCUCUAAAACGGUGGAAGCAGCCUCUCGUGGCUGCCGAAUGCGCGUGGAACCUGACAAGUGGCAACGAGUCAUAUUUCAGCUUUCCCUCGAACAUGUCAAGUGGCGAGGUGACCAUGACUUUUGACGAUGAUCCUGAGUUCAAGGAUUUGGUUACUGAGGCUCGUAAAAUGCCCAAGAAUAAAUUGCCCAAGGCCAGACAUAGAGCAUGGGCACCUUCGAAAGAUGCAAGUUCAAGGAUAAGCGCCAAUUUCCUCUUUCUAGUAGAAACCCCAGAAUAUUUCGACAACGGCACUUUCAACGACCAUGGUUAUAGUGACCGUACAGAAACCAGUUUGGGAUUUCAAUUUUGUCGUGUCUAUGCUCGUUGGGCAGAAGUUGAUUUCUGGGUUGAACGGGGCAAAUCACUUCUCAUACAGAAUCAAUUCGACCGCUCCCUGUUCGACAUUUAUAACUUCGUCGGCGAUUCUGCAGCCAAAUAUGAGCCGAUUAGGAUGCACAAGGAAUGGUUGGAAUCGGUUGGUCGUCGAAGAAACGAGACCGGCGAAGUCAUCCCUGAACAGAUUUCGAUCUGGGAUAACAGUAUUGAUAUCGCCCACGAUGUCCGGACACGCGUCUACUACCAAACCGCCGCGGAGGAAGGGCGGUACCUUCAAUUAGCACUGGGGGUGCAUCUCGCUGAUAUUCUCUCACGCAUGGGUCGGGAAUCCCUCGAUCGGAAGGGAGUGCGUCCUGACGACAGCAUUGACGGCGAGCCCCCGGAACCAGGUGAUUACAUCCUUGAGCAGGAGAACUUCCUGGGUGGUUACGGCUACAGCAUCGAAAGUAGUAGUGCCAUCCCUCUAGCUCUUGGUGUUCUGCUUCUGCAUGUGGCUAUUGUUCUAAUUCAUGCUUUCAUCAUCAUCUUUUUCCGACAUCGAUGGCUAAGUUCCUGCUGGGCAGGUUUUGGGGAAGUUCUUGUACUGGCACUGCGCUCUGAUAAACAUGAUUUAGGGAAUGUUGGUGGAGGAGUUGAUAGUUCACAGACAUGGAGCACCGCUGCAACAGUAAGAAUAGUUGGGGAGGAUGGAAGGUUGGAGAUGGUCCUCAAUAACACGAGGAAUGGUGAUGGGCUGAUACAAGGGGAAGGGUAUAAGGAAGAGGGCGGUAGCACUGGGUAUUCCCGCGUUGAGCCAGGCGUUAAAUAUCGCUAG